AUGUCAUUACAAGGUCAAACUGCUAUUAUCACUGGAGGAACUAAAAAUUUAGGAGCUGAAACUUCAAAAUUAUUAGCUGGUGAAGGUAUUAAUUUAUUCUUACAAUACAGAUCAAAUAAAGAACAAGCUGAAAGAUUUAAAGCUGAACUUUCAAAAGAAUUCCCACAUAUUCAAGUUGAAAUUUAUCAAACUGCAUUAGAUAAAGCUGAUGAAAAUACUAAAUUAUUUGAAGUUGCUAAAUCAAAAUUUCCAAAAGGUUUAGAUUUUGCAAUUAAUAAUAUUGGUAAAGUUGUUAAAAAACCAAUUGUUGAAGUUACCGAAAAGGAAUUUGAUGAAAUGCAUAUUGCAAAUAAUAAAUCAGCAUUUUUUUUUAUUAAAGAAGCAGCUAAGAAUUUAAAUGAUAAUGGUGCUAUUGUUUCAUUAGUUACUUCUUUAUUAGCUGCUUAUGUUGGUAAUUAUGCUAUUUAUCAAGGUUUAAAAGCUCCUGUUCAAUAUUAUUCAAAAGCUGCAAGUCAAGAAUUGAAAUCAAGAGGUAUUUCAGUUAAUACUGUUGCUCCAGGUCCAAUGAAUACUGAAUUUUUAAUUAAUUCUGAACCAAAAGAAGCUGUUGAAUUUUAUAAAACUCAAGCUAUUGGUAAUAGAUUAACUGAAGUUUCUGAUAUUGCUCCAAUUAUUAAAUUUUUAUUAAAAGAUGGUAAAUGGAUUACUGGUCAUACAAUGUUUGCCUCAGGAGGAUUUACAUAA